UUGAAUUUUAUUUCCGUGAUCACCUGUAACGUAACUCCGAGUCUCCGAAUUUUUAUCAAAAUUCAAAUUUUUCAAUUCGGUAUGUAUGUGUUCAGUCCGUGUUUGUAGCGGCUUCGUCUUAACUUUCGUUCAGAGUUUUGUUUAAAUCAUUCUCAUAUUUCGAAUCUUACAUUCGGCGCUAGUUUAUUAUUUUGUCAUUAUAAGGAUAUGCAAUAAGAAAUAAUUAAAAUGACGGAUCCGCUAAUGCCCGCGUUUUGCUGUAAGCAACCAUCAAAAUGGACCAAAUUUUAUGAUAUGAUGGUAGAAAUUGAUUCUGAUCCUUACAAUUACAUUUGUAUGUUAUCGUCAUUAUGUGGAAUCGGUGGUGCUAUUUAUCAGAUUUUACCUCAAAUUUCCCUAGCUUUGAGUGAUAAUGGAAGUUGGGCAUCACAAAGGGGUCGGAAAACUAUAGUGUGGCUGGCUGUAGCAGAUUUUUUCGCAUCUUUAGGUAUAUUUGCCCGUUCGCUGAUCAGAUUGAUGGUACCUGCGAUGGUGCAAAGAAUAAAAGGCACUGUGACCUACUGUUAUCUCUUAUCGUUUUGGGUUCAGUAUUUUUAUGUGGUUUCUUGGAUGUGGACUUUGAUAUAUGCUAUUGACAUACGAUUAGCCUUAAGAGAACAACCAUCUUACCGCAAAACUUACCACUUCUGUGCUUGGAUUUUACCUGCCAUUUUCACUUUCAUUGGCUUGUUUAUAUUGUAUUAUCCCAACGCGAAUUGUUUUUGUUCAGCGGAAAACAGUUUUUGGAAAUUCUUUCCCAAUUACAUAGUUUCUUAUUUGCCUAUGCUUCUUGUAAUGAUUGUGAAUCCUGUGUUAUACAUAUCUGCCACAUCCUCUGUACAUCUUAUCGUUUCACAGUACCUGUCUCAGUAUACAAACAAAGAACGCCUUAUUGUCGAUAUGAUUAAAAUCAAAUUUGGUUUAAUCAAUUUGACAUUUUAUGCUUGUUGGUUACCCAAUUUGGUGAACACCGUUCUAUUAUACAGUAAUUGGGAUAAUUUACCUAGAAGAGUGAUUGUCUCAUUAUGGUAUAUAAUGGCUAUUAUGAACCCAUUGCAAGCAUUGUUUAACUGUUUAGUAUACCAAAAGCCCCACGAUCAGAUUUUGUCUCGUUGGAAUGCUUAUCGUGUUCAAGAAUUUCAUGAAGCGAAUGAAAGGACACCACUAUUGGCUCGUAGAAGCGGCUCAUCCAAUAACAGCGAAGAACCCGAAUUUGUUUUAUGAAUAAUGUUUCGAAUGCUGAUUACAUUUAGUAGGAGCAAAAUGUUUAUAUUAUGUAUUAGUAUUAUUCAAAUGAAAAGAUGCAUAACAGUAUGUAUAUUUGAUACCGCCUAUUUCAAUUAUUGAAAUUAUUAGCGUACUGCUAGUAAUUUAUGUGGUACCUUCAAUCAUGCUAUAAUAAUUAUGUCAUCCUUUGUGUUCCUUAUGCAACGUCAAUUGUUGAAAUUUGUGUCAGCUGUUUUGCAGUUGUUACUUUUUGUACUUAAAGUCAAAUCUAGUCUUGUAAUGGUUUAAUAUAGUUAGUAAUAAGAAGUGUCUGUUGACAAAAAGCCAGUAUGUAUAUACUCGUGCCUUUAAAACAUCCACAUUACUCGAGUAUUUCAGCUCUACGUUUACAAUUUUUUUUUCUAAAUACAUAUGUUAAAUUUUAAUCUGUGAUCUUUGUUCGUGAAUAAUUUCAUUAUUGUUUUAUAUUCUGAAAAUGUUAGGAGUUUUUUUUAAAAUAUGUAAUUAACGUUACUUUUUGAACAAUGUGUAUGUAUUGUGUAUCGAACUAUCGAUACGCCAAUGCAAAAAAAUUUCAGGACUCAAAUUUGAACAGAUUAUUAUUUUUCGAGCAACAGUUCCACUUGAAAUGUAGAAAAACAUUUACGUCACAUUUCUAAUGGAAUCGUAGCAUGCAAAAAAUUUUCAUCAUUUCAUAAUAUUCCAUUCAAUUUGAGUCUUGAAAAAUUGUUUGCUUGUGGAUUAUACGAUGUGUUAGAAUUAGGGUAUCGAUAUGUACAUUACAUACCUAUACCUAAACCUGUGCAAUACCAAUAUCAAAUUUGUAUUUAUUUUGUACAUUCGUUUGAGUAAAACCAUUUUUCAAGUUUAUUACUUACAAUGUUUAUUUUUAAUGUAUAAAUUAUUUAUUCUUA